AUGGACCAGCCAUCCCCCACCGACUACUAUGACCUAGGUGACUACCGUCGCAAUGUGACCACAACAAACGAAGAUGCCCAAUUAUGGUUUAGUCGGGGUUUGAUCUGGGCCUACGCCUUCAAUCAUGAAGAAUCAGCCCGAUGCUUUGAAAAGGUCGUCGAGUUCGACCCGACAUGUGCCAUGGGAUACUGGGGCAUUGCCCUUGCCCUGGGACCCAAUUAUAACAAGCCAUGGCAGCUCUUUGAUGGAGAAGAUCUCUCUGCCACCACGACUCGCGCCCAUCGCGCGAUCCUGCAGGCGAAGAAACACGCUCCCGCCGUGACGCCUUUGGAGAAUGCUCUUAUCGACGCAUUACAGUACCGGUACCCCCAAGAGCAGCCCAUAGAAGACUGCACCGAAUGGGAUAAGAAAUAUGCCGAAGCAAUGACAACAGUGUACAAUGAUAACCCGGAUGACCUCGACGUAACCGCGCUGUACUGCGAUGCGCUGAUGAACUUGACUCCAUGGGGUCUGUGGGACAUAAAGACGGGCGAGGUCGCAUCAGGGGCAAAAACACUCGAAGCAAAAGAAGCGCUGGAUCGAAUUUUGGAACGAGAUGAAGCCCUCGAUCAUCCUGGCAUCUUGCAUCUCUACAUCCAUCUGAUGGAAAUGUCCCCCACGCCUGAGGUUGCCCUGCCGGUAGCAGGGUACCUGCGUGGCCUUGUACCUGAUGCUGGUCAUCUGGAGCACAUGCCCUCCCACAUCGAUAUCUUGUGUGGCGAGUACAAACGCGCAGUAACGGCUAAUACCUCUGCUAUCCGUGCAGACGAGAAGUUCCUCGCUAACCAGCCUUUGGGUCAUUUUUAUAAUCUGUACCGUGCACACGAUUAUCAUUUCAGAAUGUACGCUGCUAUGCUAGGUGGCCGAUCGAAGGUCGCACUUGAAUCUGGGGCCGAGCUUGCGCGAAUAAUCACCGAGCCUCUUCUGCGCGUCGGGUCUCCGCCAAUGGCAGACUGGCUGGAGGGCUUUGUCGCUAUGCAAAUGCAUGGAUUUGUGCGUUUCGGUCUCUGGGAGGAGAUUAUAGCUACAAAGAUGCCGGAAGAUGCAGAGCUGUAUUGCGUCACGACUGCUAUGAUGCACUAUGCAAAGGGUGUCGCGUUUGCUGCUACAAGUCGCGUAUCGGAGGCAGAAGAGGAGCGAGAACGGUUCCUACAAGCGGUGAAACUUGUCCCGGCUUCGCGGACUAUCUUCAAUAACCGUUGUAUCGACAUCCUCGGUGUAGGUGAGGCGAUGCUCGAUGGCGAGAUUGCGUAUCGCCGUGGCGAAUACGAUACUGCGUUUUCAUAUCUCCGAGACGCUGUCAAGAGGGAUGAUGCUUUGCCGUAUGAUGAGCCGUGGGGCUGGAUGCAGCCGACUAGACAUGCUCUGGGCGCAUUGUUGCUUGAACAGGAUCGCGUUGAGGAGGCUGCAGCCGUAUAUUCUGCGGACCUUGGGGUUGAUACGUCUCUGCCCCGUGCUUUGAGGCAUCCCGGUAAUGUAUGGGCUUCGCAUGGGUAUCAUGAGUGUUUGGUCAAGAUGGGUCGGAAAUAUGAGGCGCGUGCCAUGUUGCCGCAGCUGAAGAUUUCUUUAUCCUGGGCGGAUGUGCCUAUUAAAUCGUCGUGUUUCUGUCGGCAGAGAACUGAGUGA